CAGACACGCCUGGUUGCGUAAUUGCAACUUCCCUGAAGAAAUGAAGCGGAGAAUUGAAGAAAUGCCGUUCGACGGAUCCGGUCUCUUCCACGCAAGAACGGACAGUAAACUGAAGAAGAGUCACGAGUCCCGCAUGACCGCUCGUCGUAUGGAGCUAAAAUCUUUACCUAGACGUGAUCGAUUUUAUCGGAGCUCGACUGGAUUCGAGGUCGGCAAGAGCCUUCCUUCCUCGAGACAGACGAUAUGCGAUCGUUCAUCGCAUUGCCCGAAUUCGGCAAGCAAGAACAGUUUCCGCCCGAUCUAUUCAAAGCCUUUUGGGGCACAUGUCUGCUGCCAUCGCUGUGGUCCCUCAUGCCAAACUACGGCUACGCCCCCUUCAACUGUUAUUCAACAAACUGUUUCGACCACAAAUAGACCCUCCUACCAAACGAAUCCGACUACCGGAUUCAGUUCUCCACUCCCUGCUAUGGUGGACGGACUCAGCCAAUUUAACCGUCGGCGUUCCAUUUCAACCUCGGUACCCCACAGUAACCCUAGGUACCGAUGCGUCACUGCUGGGAUGGGGGGCCACCUGCUCCAAUCUAAGUACCCAAGGGAGAUGGAGCCAUCGGGACGGCAGGAAUCAUAUCAACUUUCUGGAACUCCUUGCCGUUUUCAAAGCACUGCAAGCUUUCGAGGAUCUGCUCCUCCAUCAGAUCGUUCAGGUGACCUCCGACAAUGUGGCGACGGUCUUUUAUUUAAACAAACAAGGAGGAACCCGAUCCCGGAAGCUAGCACGUCUCGCCAUGCAGAUUUGGGACUGGUGUAUACCCAGAGGUAUCACUAUUCUAGCAGUUCACCUUGCGGGCACCGACAACACGGAAGCCGAUCUUCUGAGCAGACACAUGUCACGCUCCCACGAAUGGGAGUUAGACCGUCGGGUUCGAAACAGGUUAUUUCACCGAUGGGGUCGACCAGACAUCGACCUGUUUGCCACUCAAGGGAACAGAGUGUGCAGGACCUAUUGCUCCAGAGCAGGAGUGGGUCAGGACUCCCUGGGUGACGCUUUCAUGAUUCCAUGGACAGGAGUGAUUUUUUACGCUUUUCCCCCGAUCCCACUUAUCAUGAGAGUGCUUGCAAAGAUUAUUCACGAAGGAGCUACAGGAAUACUGAUCACUCCAUGGUGGCCACGACAGCCGUGGUUCCCAACUCUCCUUCAAGUUUCCAGGGAGGAUUUUCUUCAACUCCCUCUUCUCCCGUAUCUAAUCACCCAGAAGGAAGGCACAGUUCGUCACCCAGACUUGCAAUCCCUGAAACUGACCGCAUGGCGGAUACGGUGACCCGGGGCGAUGCAUCGAUAUCGGCACCGCCUACUAUUCCGACUACGCAUGCCCAGCAGAGCCUG